AUGCCGACUAACCCUGAUUGGAACCCACCUAGGCAGGACAUUGAGCUGUUCACGAAGUUCGUAGAGCCUCUGGAUCCCAAAUAUCGUCAACUGGCGAAGCAGCAUGAUUUGUUAUCGCGUGUCUACACGAUUAAAAGUAUAUUCAUGGAAGACUAUACAUUCUUUUUAAAGGUGAACAACAUCACUGGACUCAGACGAAAUGUUUUCGACGCUCUUACCCGCUCCUACAGGUCGUAUUGGGAAUUCGAAUGGGCAGCUGACUGGGCUGAUCUCAGCCCCCGAGUGCUGACCGAAUGGAACGAUAAAGGAACGGAAGGCGAAUCGUUUCACACGAACAAGAUUGGCUACAAAGCGAUACUUGAGCAUUUAAGAGCAGCUAUACCAGAAUACAUGUUCCACUUCAAUACCACUAUCCUGAACAUCAACCACUCAGCGUCUGGGGUUACCCUGACGACCUCCAAGGGGAAAAUCUCGAAGAUGUACGAUUACGUGAUUGUCACAUCCUCAUUGGGACACCUCAAGAAGUACCAUCACAAAUUGUUCACACCUCCACUUCCACGCCAAAAGAUCGAAGCAAUCGAGAAGAUUGGAUUCGGUGGGUCGUGCAAGAUGUUCUUCCGCUGGGAAAGGCCAUGGUGGUCAAAUGAAACCAUGCCCGAUGAUCCCUCUUCCAGUCGAAGGAAUGGCUCGUGA